ACCGGCUAAGGAGCUAGUCACUCAGUUGAUUUGUUCCGUUGGUGCCAUGGCUUCACAUGGUGGCAUUUGCAGCCUGUGGUGAGGGGAAAGAUGGUUGAGUUUUCCCCUGCCUAUUGUGGUGGGACGGAUGCUUCAAAACUAUUCGAGGUUCGUUUACAAUCAGAGGCAUCAAUCAGAGACAACAAUGGGAGGACUAAACGCCUUCUGCCACCGACGAUUCCAACAUUACCUCUUCGGCGCACGAGCCCCCGAAGAGUUGUGAAAACAUACUUCGUGGGGGUUUUCCAGUCCUCAGAGCCCAAAAAAACCCGUGGGACAAAGAAAGUGAUCGAAGGAUCUGAAGAGCAAAGAGACAACACUUGCGAAGAGACAGCCGAAAUUGAGCAUCGAAUCGCAUACCGGGCGGAACGAGCAAGCCGCUAUGCUUCUGAUCGUGCCUUCCCAGUCCUCACGAGCAACGAUAUUCUUCCAGAAUGGCAGGGUCAGAGUGAGACACCCAAAGGCAUUUCCAAGCCGACUCUUGUUUUCCUGCGUCGAAAGAAAACGGUUGAACUUGAUAAAGUAGGUGACAAAAAGGAGCGAACACCAUGGCGGCCAUCUGCUGGCCGCAAAGCUCCUGAACAUCCGGCGUACAUGUCUUCAGCCCCAGGCCCUCAAACAGCGAGGGCACCAAAAAGACCAGUGGCUGACCGCCGAAAGUCCCUAACAACCAAGGAGUUGGAAACUCAUGACAAGCGUGAAGCUGGCAGAAAGCGAGCCUCCGAGCUCAACGAAAGAGUCUUAUCAAAUGUACGCCGGAACAGUACACAAUCUGUAAGUCUGGCGGAAUUCCAUGACAAGAUCCGGAAAGCUGGGGAAGCUAGCAGAGCAAAGGAUGAACCACCAGAGAUUGAAGAUGAGACGGAGAGAGGCACCGGCGAAGGCAGUGAAGACGUGCUCAACAAGUUGCCGCCCUUGAACUUGAGCCGGGUGUCCUUCUAGGCCUUCUGAAGCUACAGUGCAGCACAUAGCUAAGGCCUUGUGCAUUGAGAAUGUAGGUGUAAAUGGUUUCACAGUGGUCAUUCAUUUUGGCAAAGCCAAAAAUUCAUGGAUGCAUCGAGCCAAUGCAGCUAGCAUCUCAGGUGCGAGCUAGUAUGCGUCUGCGUCCAGGAUUUUUGAGAGAACUUCUAGACUUUUGGUCGGCCGUGACCAUUGGCAACCUUGAUGACACAUUAGCCGCUCA